GGAGGUGGAGGGUUCAGUUAAAACCCACCAGGGAAACCAUUCAGUUUCCUUCCUGGAUUACAGCUGUGAACAGACCCCAGACCUUCCUCUCUCUCUCUCCAUUCCUCUCUUCACGGAUCCUCUAACCCUCUCUCUGCAUUUCUCCACUCCUCUCUCUACACACUGGUCUCCUUGGUGAUCCCCGCUCCACUCCUCUCCUCCUCGUCCUCCUGUGUGGUAGGGGCGAUGUGCUCUACGGGUUUUGUGCGGUCGCUGGGCUUUGCCCUCCUGCCCCUGGCGGUGUGCUGUAUUGUGGCUAACGUUCUGCUGUUCUUCCCUGGAGGAACGACCCAAUACUUGCAAGAGGGGAAACUGUCCAGGCUGGUCUGGUUCAUGAUGGGCAUCGGAGGGGGAGGCGCAUUGAUGUUCCUGCCUGCUGGUGUGUUCAUCAGCCUCGGGAAAUGUACAGGCUGCUGUUGGAAUGAAAGCGUCAUGAUGUGUGGAUCAGUCACGGCAGCGUUAGUUGGGUUGGCCGGGUCGGGGUACUGUUUUGUCAUCUCUGCCAUGGCCAUGAUGGAGGGACCUCAGUGUGACACCGGUCUGGGAUGGUCCUAUCCCUUCGCCAACGAGGGAGGAAGGUACCUGUUUGAGCAGGAGACGUGGUCUAACUGUUCAUAUCCCGUCAGCAUUGUGGAGUGGAACGUGACUCUGCUGUCCAUCCUGCUGGGUCUCAGUGGGUUGGAGUUUAUCAUCUGUUUCCUACAGGUCAUCAACGGACUGGUGACAGCCGUCUGCAGACCCUGCUGCUACAAACAGGACUAUACCCUCAACGCCUGAACACACACACACACAAAUGUGACACACACACACACACACACAAAUGUGACACACACACACACACACAAAUGUGACACACACACACACACACACAAAUGUGACACACACACACACACACACAAAUGUGACACACACACACAAAUGUGACACACAAAUGUGACACACACACACAAAUGUGACACACAAAUGUGACACACACACACAAAUGUGACACACACACACACACACACACAAAUGUGACACACACACACACACACACACAAAUGUGACACACACACACACACACACAAAUGUGACACACACACACACAAAUGUGACACACACACACAAAUGUGACACACACACACAAAUGUGACACACACACACACACACAAAUGUGACACACACACACACACACACAAAUGUGACACACACAAAUGUGACACACACAAAUGUGACACACACACACACACACACACACACAAAUGUGACACACACACACACACACACACACACGUGUACAUAUAACAUAAGAUCCAGUGGCAUACCCAUGAAAUGACACAUAAAACAGGAGAGUACAUUACCAGCCGGGGGAACAUUGCUUUCCUAGACACUUGUUGUUAUCUCCUUAUUGGUUUCUAAUCAGGAAGUGUGAUUUCUUUUUCAAGCGAAUGCUGCCUCAUCUCUGUAUGAGGGAGAGAUACCUGUUUGAAUGUUCAGCUAAUUUAUGGUAUUCAUUCCAAAACACUGUAUUAUAAAAACACCGGAUGAAAGUUUGUAGACUGCAACAAUAGCCUUUUUUAUGUCUGUAUUUUUUAAAUAUUAUGUUUAACACACUGGGCACAGACGUCAGUUCAGCGUCUAGUUUUGAUUCACAUUUGGUUGAGUUGUCAACUAACAGGUGAAUUUGACAUGAAAUCAACAAAAAGUAAUAAUUAAUAAACACUAUUUAUAAUAAAAA